CAACAACAUUACGUGAUGGCGGCGAUGCAGGCUGAGGAGAGCGGCACCGACUCCGGGCAAAAUGUGUUCAGGAAUAAAGGCGGGCCUCAUGGACUUGGUGAGAUGGAUUAGCAAGGAGAGUUUAGUAUGUGUGAAUCUGUCUCUUUAAGCGAAGGGUAUGAUGUAUGCCUUCGUUGGGAAAGUGAUGCUCGUGAGUUGCAAUUUACCAACUGUUGUAAGGAAUCAAGUUUAGCAAUGGUCAUCAAAUGCCGUCCAUAUAAUACUGCAUUGUGGGAUUGCUUGGGCCAUUGGUAUAAUGAUAAAGAGUUCAGGGAAUUUUGCACUCAAAAAUACCUUGAGGAACGCUCUGAAUACCGAAGAACUGGCCUGACAAAAAAACAACGUAAUAGACUGGGAACAACAGGAUUUUAGAUGUUCUAUCAUAAAAUUUAGUUUAUAAGAGGUGAAUUUGCCCUUGGUGUAUAUAUAUAUUAAAGUGUGUGGAAUUAUUCAUCUGUGAAUAUUUCCUUGUUAUUUCUGUUAACAAUAAAGCUGUGUCUGUGAACACAAUUUAUAAGGUCUUGUUUUGUUUUUUUUUUAGUUAUUCUGUGGAAUAGGAAAAUGAUGUAAAAUAAGCCCCAUGGAUCCAGGUGCUUCGCUUGACCAUGCUUGGCCCAAAACCCAGCCAUUGGGCUUAUUUGAGUGACCACUCUUACAGGUGUAUGGUUUGAGGCCUGGGUGCACAUAAAUACUCAAGGUAGUGUCAAGAUUUCUUGCCUGCCCUUUGCAGUGUUAUUAUUAUAAUUUUUUUUUUUUACAAUAAGCAAUGUUUUAUAAUAUUAAUUUUCUGUAAUAUAACCUGUGUUGCCAGUCAGAGGAGGCAAGAAUAAGAUCCUGAGCAUGAAAAUAGUGUCCUCCCUGCCCUCCACAGUUGUUACAUUCCACACUUGUUUUCUGACAGGAAUAAUGCAAGAGCCCCUUCCCAAAU